CGCCGUAGCGGGGCUCAGUGCGCGGAGCUCAGUGCGCAGAGCGGCUCCGUCCGCCCGGGGAUGCGGCACCUGCCCCGGGACCCGCCGCGAGUUGCGCUGUGCGGGACGCGCUCGGACGGCACCUCGCGGCGGUACCGGUCCGACCCGCGCGACGGCUGCGGCCGGGGGUUUGGAGCCGCUGUCCCGGCACCGGGGAAACCGGUGCGGGCGUGAGAACGAACCGACUGUCAGUGAAUUGCGCGUUUUCUGCGUGGCUGUCAUUGCUGCCGUGCGGUUUGUACAUAAAGGAGCGAGCGGGCAUCCGUCCGUCCGUGCGAUCGGCUGCAGGAGCGCUCAGGGGCUUCCUGCCCUCACUCAGCCAUUUCCUCUUUUACUUUUGCUUUGCGAAUCCGUGCUGUGAUUGAAGGGCGGCGAGAAGGAGACCUGCUGCUUCCCGGAGCUGCCGGCUCCCGAGCGAGGGGAGGCUCCGCUGCGCUUCUGAGCCGCGCUGGGUUGGCCGUGCAGGGCUGUGCUGCGCGCUGCCAUCUCUGGGCCGUGCACUGGCACCGGGUGCCGGGCGCUGUGUGUGCGGGCAGCAGCCGGCACCGCAUCGAUCCGGGCGGUUCUUCCUUCGCAGCUUUUUCCCCCUUUGCUCGUAAUUUAGCGCCGCUGAACGAACGCGUGUGGUGGCUUGACCCGGCGAGGCUGUGAGUGGUUGGAGAUGGUGUGAGGAGCACGUUUGGUGGCACGUUGUGUCGGGUGCCUUGUUACGCUGCCCCGAGGUAUAACAGCCCUGAUCGCAGCCUUUGCCGUGUGCGCUGCGCGCUGCUGCCCGGGCUGCAGGCAUCGCCCUCGGGGGGCUGUGCGGGCACCGCGCAGUGACAGCAGCGCUGAGCCGGGAGAGCUGGGAAGCGUUUGGUGAGGGCGGUUCUGUUGGGGGCUGAUAGUGCAGAAACAAAGUUGCGUUCGUGUAAUGGUUCUUUUCAUUUAAUGAUGCGCUUUGACUGACUUGAAUCCCUCGUUUUUUUCCAGUGCCCGAUUUUCUCUAUACUGAUAAACCCUAUGAGAGAAGCAGAUGGACUUUAGCUAUUGUUUAUUUGAUUUUAAAUUGGUUUUGGUUCCAGGAGCGUAUUACAACAGGCAGACACGCUCUCACGUGUACUGCUUGUUUUCAUUUUUCAUCCCAGUCUCUAGUUCCAAAUGUGCCCCUGUUCACACAUGAGGUGCUGAGCUGUGCUGGUGGUUGCUGUGAGCCCAGAACAGUCCUGUGGGAUGUGACCUGUGCAGGGUAAGGGGUGGGACACGGAGCUGCCACUGCCUGCACGUCCUGCAGCAUCGUAGGCCGUGCUGUCUUGUUCCAGGACUAACUCUGUUCGUUGCUCUUCAGGGCAUUGCCAUGAGUGCAGCUGAUGCCCUCAGAAAUAAGGGAAGUCGGGUUCAGUUGGAAACAUCACAUACCUGGCACUGAUUACCCAGCUGGACAGAACUCAUUAACUCCUUUUAAACCAAGGCAGUGAGUGCGGACCUGAAAGCCCUCCCUGCUUUCGGAGCACUUUUCCUCCUGUACUUACAGAACAGAACUGAGAACUGAAGUCUGUUUACGUCUUAAAUGGUGCAUUUGUUCAACUUCUUAAAAAUAGGUUUGAGGGACGGGAGGGGAAAUGUUGAGUUCUCGCUGCUCUUUUGGCCAAGUGUUGCUGUUUGUUUGAAUGUGCUCCCAUGCACAUUGACGUGUGGAUUUUGUCACCCCUCUUAAUGAAAACCAGUGUUUUCGGGGAAGCGGCUUGGCCAAGUUCAGCAUCCACCAUUGACUGUGAGCCAGUUCUGAAUGAUUCCAGCCUAGCCACUGGUGCGGAGGGAUGGUGUGCAGCAGUUGGCUGCUUUGGCUUCAUUUUCUCAACCAGUUCAGCUUCUUUCAGCAGGAGACAAUGGUGGAAACUGAAAAAGCAGGGAAGAUUGCAUUUUGUGCUUCCAGGGUGGGUGCAAAAUCGAGACAGGAAUCUAAUUCCUGGGAGGACAAGGUGGCCAGAAGAACAGUCAGCUCCUCAUUGAAGUGAAUGUUCCUCAGUUUAACUCCUUCUGCAUAGAUUGAAAUACUGUUUUCUUUGCACCUGCUUUUCUAAGGUGCAAAUAUUUCUUAGCUGGGUAAAAUGAAACUGCAGUUUUUCUUACUAAUUGGAGUCCAAUUUCCACCUAAGUGCAGCUUGACGUAAAUUAUAACUCUCAGGAUUAUCCAGUGAGAUAUACAGGAAUUACCUUUUUAUAGGAAGCUGAGGUCUUUAUUUAAGUGCUCAGACAAUCUGUUGCCUUUCUGCUUUAUUUCCAAACAGUGGCUGAAUCGUACUGGGAACUAUUUUAAGCCUGUUGAGAAAUCGCAGUAUUUCUCAGAUUAAUAUGCUUUUAUUUAAAUUAAUUUAUAUAAAUGCCAUUCUUUUGUGCUCUUGCAUAGAUAGCAGCAUCGAGAUAGCUUUGUUAGUCCUGAUCAUGCUGAUAUGCAAACAUGAGCGAUAGGUAUCGUAACAAAGCAAUCUAACAACUGCUUCUCAGCUGCUGUGGGCUCCUUCCUAGCAAAGCAGCAGUGCUGGUGUUUCUGGUCAGUGUUUUCACACCGUGUUGCAGAGCACACACUGGCCAGCCCAGAGCUGCAUGUUGGGCUUUGAGGACAAAGGCUGCAUCCAUGCUGUAUUUCCUGCUCCAAAGGGUCAUAUCACAAUGCAAAAACUUCCAGCAAACUGCACAGCAAAACCCACCCGAACGUAUUGAAAUGAACCCUUUUCAGUUCCCGCAAGAGUAGAGGUAAUUGAAAGACACCAGCAGAGCUGCUGGGGGUGGCUGGCAGCUUUCUGUGCAGGAGGAAGUGGCAGCGCCUCUGGCCGAAGCUACCAAUGACCUUUCUGUAUUUGUAUUGUACCAGUUCUGAUUUUACACCUCUCCUGUACCCAUCCGCAGCUCUGCUGUCCGAGCCUCUCACUGACUUUGGUUGCACCUGCUGCUCUUGUUGCCAGCACUGCCUGCUGCAUCAGGGUACAGCCGUACUUUGGGUUGGUAGAACUGGAACGCAUGUUCUGUUUUCUUCUCCAUUCUUUGGAGUUCCUUGAGUGCAGAAUUGGUGCUCAGUGAGAAUUAGUCGGAACAAUUCCAAAAGCUUCAGUUGCAGCAGCUGAUGCAGGUCUUGUUCUGGGCAAGGUCAUUUCUUUCUCCAUGUCUUUAUUACUGUGCCUUUAAUUUUAUCCUCUCAUUAUCCCUCUGCAGUUCUUAGCAACCAACAUCUAUUUUUCAUCUUUUAUUACAGUUCUGUGUUGUCUUAAAACUUUGUGUUUCUGCCCUUGUUUGGAUCAUUGGAAAAGCAGGGCUGGGUACAAACUCAUUGACUCUCACAGAGGAAGCACGUGCUGACAUUAAGUGCUGGACCUUCAUGUGGUCUGUGCUCUGCAGCAGACUUGCACGGGUCUAUGGCUACCUGUGGAGAUGGGCAUGGGGGAAGGAGAUCCUGGAGACCUCAUGGAAGGACUCCCAAGGUGGCACUGUCAGCAGCAGGAACAGGGUGUCGUUUGAUUUUCUGAGACGUUGUUUAUUACAUCCUGCUGCUCAAUUAGACAUGUCUGAUUUAAUAACCAUGUCUAAUGAUUCCAAAGUUGGAACUGAAUGGAAGCCUCUCGUAUCUCUUUCAUAUUAACAUUUGAAUAACAGAAAUAAAGUUGUGUGUACCAGCAGAGCGGUGCCUGAAGAAAAGCCACUCAAGUUUGAGGGGAAGACACUGCACAAAUAAUAAAGUGAAAAAACUUGUUUGGAUUUCAAAACACAUUUGAUGGCUGUAAAUGUUCCAGUGUUGUCAGGAUCAAGCUUCGAAAUUGUACUCCUAAAAAUAGAGGACUCUUUUGUAGCUGCUCUCUGCCUCCUGAGCCCUCAGGCUCCAGUCUUGUUUUUGUCUCUGUACAAACAGAAGUGCAAAAGAAGUCUUAAAAUGACAGCGGAUUUUCAUGUAAUUGCAUCAGUGCUGCUGCUGGUAAUAGGCAUGCCGGCGCUCCCUAUCAGAUGUUCCCUAAAACCUGUGCUGUUGCAGUCUCCAGGCCUUUAUGCCUCUUGUGAUUUGAAAGUUGUAUUGUUGAAAGCUGUUGUCUCUUUUUUUCCCUAAGCUUUAGUUAUUUUUUAGAGGAGGAACAGGAAGGAGCAUAUUGGCUUGUGUGUGGUAACAAAGGCAAGGCCAUAUUUUUGAGACGCUGCCUGGAAGGAGAGAAUUUCAUCACGUAACACGGCUCACAACACCGCAGUUCUGUGUGUAGAAGCACAGGGGGAAGCUGCUCUGCCAUCCCGCUGUGUGGGUGCAGAAGGGGGGAGGUGUCCGGUGUCCCAUUGGAGCCAUCAGGAGCACUGCGUGUGUUGGCACCUGGAGAAUCUGGGAAUGGAAAUACCCAGUAACACCUAUUCUGGCUUCAGAGCCAACCCAGUGUGUGUUUUUCUCAGCUUUCUAGAUUUAGUAUGCCACAUUUAAGGCCUUGUUGCUCUGACGUGUUCUCAGCCUCUUAUGAAGCUUAACAAAGGCACUGAGCAGGAAAGGCUCAGCUGCUGCUUUACACCAGAAGUGUGUUCUGUGAUCCAGUCUGCGAGGUGAGAAAUCACUAUGUUCCUGGGCUCCCAGCUUCUCGUUACUGCUGCUUGGGCAUGGAGUUGCCAGGUAUGCUGAGCCUCGUGAUGGAGCUUGGCGAUGAUUUUGGCAUCCCUUCAGGUACAGAGAGGAAUGUUUUGGGUUAUCGUUUUAACAUUCCUCCUUUAAAUAUUUGUUUCUUUCCAUUGAAAACAUACUUGGCAGUCAGAACUGAAACCCCUUGAAAACAAAAAGUAUAUUUGAAAGCAGUGGGAGAUCUCAGGUCUGCAGCGAGAGGGCAGACCGAGGCCAUGCACAGCCUCCCCUGCUGAAGUCAGUCAGCCCUGGGAGCAUGGACGAAGGUAUAGGAGCACAGUGAGCAGAGCGCGGGAUUAAAACACACAGUGUUUUCAAUGUGUUUUAAAGGCAGCACAAACAGCGUGUUUUGGUGCUGCACUUGAAGCAAUCUGCUUUCUACGUGCGGUUGCUUUUGUGUAAGGUUAUGGAUUUCGUUUGCCAGAGGAAACACUUCUUAUGAAGAUGCAGAGGGGUUGUGUUGUUGUCCCCUGUUGUGGCCCUGGUGGUGAUGCCUCCCCUGGCUCCAGCUCCAGGUGCUGCUGUGAGUAGCACCCAGAAACCCAGCUCUUCCCCAGUACUUGGGAGCUCAGCAAUGCAAUUUAUUUGGAGUACUGUAAGAAAUGGUGCCAUUUUCUUGUCGUAUUGGAUAUAUGCAUCUUGCUCACGGCUCCAGUACUGCUUGCAAGUUCAUAGACAAGUUGCUGCUCAGUACUGUGAAACUUGACAUUCACUGGAAAAAAGUAAUGCAAGUGGUGGGUUUGCUUAGUGGAAAAAGCAUCCUUCCCUGUUUUUGUCUUUUGCUUGGUGUACCUGAUGCCUGUUUGUCUGUUUUUAUGCAAUAGCUUGUGCUGUCAGUUCAGUUGCUUUCAUAAAGCCAAUAAUUAAACGAAUGUGUAAUUAGAAACUAAAAGCAGCGAUGCUUCCAGCUGUAGAGAGCAAGUGUGUAAUCAUACUGCUAUCCAAAUAGCUUCCUGGGAGCAUCAGGUUGGUAGGAACCCAUGUAUUUGCAUUUUGAAUGCAAAAAAAGGUCACAGUUCUUUCAGCAAAAAUCACCUUUUCCUACCAGAGAUGGUUGUGCUCCCACCCCAUCAGCUCUGAAAUGGGAAGCUCAGGUGGCCUGUGGGGUGGGACAGUGCAGAAGCAGCAGGGAUGGGGAAGGUCAGGGCCUGGCUGUGGGGCAGACACACAGCUCUGCAUCCUCCUCACUUGUUUUCCUGCUGCCUCCAAUGGCCAAUGAACCACGAGCUGUUACCUCCUGGCAAGACCAGCUUCCCUAUUUCUCUUAACCUUCCCCGUGCUGUUACUUCCUUACCUUGGUCAGGAAGAUGGUGCAGCUGUUCCUGAACCGACUUAAUCAAAAUAUUGCUGCGCAGUUGAAAGUGCAAUUGUAACUAAAACUUUCUGACAGUUUUUCCAUUGUUUUUCUGUUUACUUUGGUGUGAAAAACAACGUGGGGAUGUAGGCGUUGCACUGGAUAAAAUGUAGCACUGGGAAACCAAGGUUGGCUGUGUUAGCUUUCCUUCUGAGCCGCUGCCUCUCCCGGGGAUGAAAGGAUGAGACGGAUACUGUUGUCUGGCUCUUAAAGCAGCACAAAGGGCCGGUGAGGGCCCAGGCCGCUCUGUUAGAACUGGUGCAGGGACGGGAUCCUCCUUGUGCCUUGUCAGGGCCUGCAGGGCACUCACACUGCUGCAGUGUGCAGUGGUUCCUGUAGGAGCUCUCAUGUCACCCAUCCCUCCUUGGAGGCUUUCAGGAACCAUGGAGAUGCAGCUCCAAGGGACUCAGUGGGGUAGCAGUGUGGUGGGGAUGGGCUGCUGGUUGGACUGUGGAAGUCUCCGUGAUCCUUCAGCCAUCCAGCUUUCAAUACAGACACGACCCAGGUCUUUCCAUCUACCUGCUGUAACCAGUGAUUUCUUUGGAGAAAUUGGUGUGCUCUACAAAUUUCUGUCUCCCCUCUGCUUGAUGACAGUUCCUCAUAACCAUCAAGUCCUUAUGUGGAAGAUUCUCUCCCUGAAUUUAGUGUAAUCCAUUUAUCCAAGAUAUACAUCUUUUGUAAGAUAUUUAUGUGUAUGUAAAACUGAAAGCUGCUUCACCAAGCAGGUGAGAAGUUGGGCGUUGAGUCUUGUUUGAACUGUAAUCUAGGACAAAACGUUGAUACAUAUGUUUUAAUAAUGUAAUAAGCACUUUAAGGCUCAUCACUUAAUGCAUUUUAAUAACUGGUGGCAGCCAGAACUUGCUGCUGGAGGAAGUGCUCUCCAGGGGCCACAUAGGAAAGCUGGGCAGAGGUGCUGAGUCAGGAAGGUGUGGGUGAGUUGACAUGUCCCACACGCGCAGGGAGUGCUGGGCUGUGACUGCAGGGACCACACUGAGCUCCUGAGCCCUCCAAGCUCUGCUUCAGUCUCCAGGAGCGUCACAGAAUGGCACAGCAGUGUCACUCUGAGGGGGUUCUCCUCUGGGUGCCAUUCUGCUGCACCAGGAGCACUGCAACUGGGUGAGCCUGUAUCCCAGGGUCUGCAGUGCAGGGGGAGGCGCUGUUAGAAAGGACUUGAUUCCAUUUAGCUUUUAAAACUUGCACUCCUGCAUUACAUUCUCAGUGAUGCACUGGAGGAGAAGCACGUGCUGUCAGAGGUUCUUGGCAGCUUUGCUGUUGAAGCCCUGAAGUGGCAGUGAGGAGUAAACUCAGUUCUCACUUCCUACCAACUCCCCAGCAGCACUGGAUGUCAGCAGUUUUAUUUAGAUACUGGCACUGGUUUAAUUUGAUUGUACUAUAAAUUAAUAAGUUCUGAUUGCAUUCGAUUUAACUCCCGCUUUACUUAGUCCUGUUGCAUUUAUUGUCUUAAAUGUCAGUGCUGCUACAGAUGAUAAAAACAGAUUUAUGCAUCCUCUGCCUGUGAUCUCUGUCUUCAACGAAGACUAAAAGCUGCCCUAAUAGAAUUGUGGUUUGACAGGGUGUCAGUGUAAGAACAAGAGGCUGUUCCUAUAGGCUGCUGGGGUAGCUCUGAGUUCUCUGCAGUAGAUCUCUGUGCUGUGAUCCCUCUGUUGUAACUGCUGCAGAUGCAGCAGCUCUGAAUGAAUCGACCUGGGGCAGGAUGGAUUUGCUCAAGCCAAGAACGUGUCCAGUGCUGUGUGAUGUCCCUGAGCUGCUCUCAGCUGUCUGCAGUCAGCAACAACUAAAUCCAGAACUCCCUGUGUUUUUGGUAAUUUGGAUGAACAAAGUAUGACAGUUUUAGUUUCAGCAGCUCGUGGCAGUGCUGUGCAUCACUGACUGCUCUUUGUUAUACUCAGGUCUGUGGCUCUGCUAAGUGAAAGCUGCUCGGGUGCCAUUGCUGCCAUUGCCACCACUGCCAGGGCUGGCUGUGCUUGUGCCAAUAGCAGUGGCUGUGGCUCUGGAGCAGGGAGGCCACACCAAAAAGACAAGCUGGUUGUAUGGGCAGCUCGUGUUCCCUUUCCUCUGGAGGAGAUGUGGGAUGGCCAGACUGAAAAAUCAUUGCCUUCUGUGGUGGAAGAGACAGUGCUGUGUGCCAGGAGCCAUGGGGCCACGCAGCUGCGAUGUUGUGGGUGUUCCCAGCUCCUGGGCAAGGCGUCCUUGGUGGUGCUGUGGGUCAGCAGAGGGCAGUCCUGCUUGGCAAGAGCAGAGAGCCUGGAGGUGAGCGUGGCUGUGCAUGCUAACACAAGGCCAAUGGUGUCCUGCAGCUGGGGCUUGCUGCUGAGGCAGUCCUGUUGUGGUGGAUAUGGCAUCUUCGGUGUAACAUGUGGUGCUACCCAGCAGAGAUGGGGAUCAGUGUACAUUGUGUGACAGCUGGGAUGCUGAUGCACUAGCGGGUCUAGAAACGGCUGGUUUGGAAAUGUCAUUCAUCUUGCUGCUGGGAUAGGAGGCUGCACCCAGUGGGGUGGAUGUGGUGUGCAGUAGUUUCCUGUUAGCAAUGAAGAAAUUACCCAGUCAGCCAUCAUUAGAUCUCAGAUGCUGGUCUGGGGGUUUAACAGGGUCAGUACUAGUGAGAGCAUACCAAGGUGAAAUGCAGAAACAAUGCAAUCUUUGUAUUUGUAUGUAGACCUGUGCAAACCAAUGCAUUUUCAGUGGUGCUCUGCUGCUGAGAAGCAGAUGGAAGUCAUGCUGGAAUAAGGAUGUGUUACGUGAGUUUCCUGAUAAGUUUGUGCAAGAAACACUCCUUGCUUGAAGCACUCGGGAUGUUGCUCUGGGGGUGUCAGCACAGGCAGGACUUCAGCCCUUUGGACCAGCAGGGCUCCAGUGUGCAUGAAGCAAUAAAAGUGGAGCUGAAGCUUUCCUGCUUUCAGUAGUAGUUUAUCUUGGGAUAGCACAGGCUAAUUGUGGUUUAAUUAUGUGUGGAAACCAUAGCCAAGGCACCCCAAAUACUCACGAGGUUUUCAGGAUUGCACAGUGGUACUGUCUGGAAGCAGCCAACCUCUUAAAUAGUGCAGCCAGCAGGAGGUGAUGGUCGAGCUGUGCUCAGCCUGGUGAGGUCUUGAGUAUUGUGUUCAGUUUGGGGCUCCUCACUACAAGAAAGACAUCAGUGCCAUGGAGAGCGUUCAGAGAAGGGCAGCGACCUGUGAGGGGGUCUGGAACACAAGUCUUAGGAGGAGCAGCUGAGGGAAUUGGGGAUUGGAAGCAUCAGCUGCGUCCCUGGGCCUUCUAUGGGCAGCCCUGAGCCUGCCCCGGGCUCUGUGUGCGUGAUCCGGGCCACAAGCAGCCAGCACAUCACUUUCCUUCUCAGAGGCUGGAUUUUAUUGUAGCAACUGACACACUAAUGAACAUAUUCGUAAUUAAUGAGAAUGAAACUCACUUGUUAUUAACUAAUGUAGUGAUCUUGAUAGAAGUGUGUGGGGAUUUGUGUAAUCAUUUAAUGAAGAUCGAGUGUGGAAAGUUGAAGAUAGAACAGGAAAAAUCAUGGAAAAUAACAACUAGGGAAGUGUGUGCAGGAAUUUACAGCAUUCACUGUGGAAUGAGAGCUGCAGAGCUCAUGGAUGCACAAAGUGAAUAAGCUCUUGGUGGCAUCAGCCUCUUCUCCCGUCACAGAGGAACAGUGUGAUGAGUUCAUUUGUCUGAGCAAAGGAAAGCUUCAGCCCUGAAGGAAGCUGGGGACGUGGAGCUGGGAUGUCUGCGCUUUGUCUGAGCUUUGGCUGGUAACAAACAAGGGGGUUUGUGUGCUGUUGCUUGUCAAAGUGAUGCCUGCAUAGGAAGCCUGGUCUGAAUUCUUUCUCAGUCUUCUUUACUGACUUCCACUUUGAGGUGCCAGAAAGUGCCCACUACAGGGCACAGUAAGAAGUGUUUGCUGCUACAACAUGUUGUAGAUCAGUAAAAUAAAGCCCCAAGUGUUUUACUAAAGCAUUUCAUUUGCUUGGGCACCAAUCCUUUGGGGAAGCCUCCAAAUCUACUAGUUAAUGCUCAUAAGGAAAUAUGGUGUUUCAGAAGCAGCUGUCUGUGUUCUGGUGCAUGUUCUAUCCUUCAUCUUUUGUCCUCAGAUUGGAGAACAUUGCUAUGAUUGCUACGAUUCCACCCAUUUCCUCUUCCCUCCUGCUUCCCGCACACCCAAUUUCAUGUGUGCCAAUGGAAAGAGCUUAACGCACUUUCCUUCUUGGAGCUUUUCUUAUCAAAUUUAAGCUUUUCAGGCACGAUAAAAUGGUUCUGCAGUUAGGGAAUCGAGUGGAGCUCAAAAUAAAUCUUUUUCUUGUUGUCCGAGGAUUAUUCUGGUGUUACUGUUCUUGAAUGCAGACAACUGAGGAUGAAACAAUGCUAUUUGUGAAGCAGUUUGCAGCCACUGCAACCAGAAAUGCUGAGAAAGUGACUGGCAGCACUGAGUGAGCACAUGCAGCAGAUGAUGUGUUCAGAAUCCUGUAGUCCAGAGAGAAAGAUUGCUCAGUCUGCCUGCCGCAAGAUUUCAGACCGAGGUUUUCAGAAGAAAAACCCCUGCUCCACCUGACCCAUUGCAUCCACAGCAGAUGGGCAGACAGUGCGUGUUAGAGCUAUCAGAGCUGCGUGGCUCUGCAUGGCUGUAGGGCUGUGGGCUUUUGCAGCUGAAGUGUUUGCUUAGGAAUAUCGGAUCCAGAGCUGCGGCACUGGUGGGCUCAGAGGUGUCAGCGUGGUUUGUGGUGAUGGCUUUCAGGCCUGCUUGGCACAAGCCUGUUCCCUGGGGAGACAUCUGGCUGGACUUCUGGCUGCCUGGCCAAUAUAUGCUUGUCCUGACGGUGGUGCAUGAGGCUGCAGGCAUCUUCCUCUCCUUCCCACAUGGGCAGCUUCUCAUUUAGACAGCCACCAGUCACAGUGUUUUGCUCAGCAGGUGACAUGGCCCACAGCUCCCAUAACCUUGCUGUGGUCCGUCAUGGUCUUCGCCUUUGCUUUCUUCUCCUGGGAGUCUGCAGAAUCGACCCGGCCCCCAAUGGCAAAGCGCCUCCUGCACCUUAAGUCCAGGGAUUAAAAUUAACCCAAGUCUGGGAGCUGCUGGACGCGUUCCUAAUGCAGGCUGCUGUUCUCGGGUGGGAAAGGAGCCACAGAUCAUCUGCAGCACAAAUCUCUGCAAGAAGUUCUGCAGAAUUAAAAUUCAGGUAUAUGCUCACAGCGCAGCUACAAGACGGUCUGUAGCAGGAUGGGCCCCUUGGCAGAGGUGAGGGUUUCGGGUGCAGGCAGGGUGCUCCGGGCUGUGCUUCCAGUGCACACACAAGGCUUUGCAAGAGCUUUUGCCAGAUGCGUUUGCAUGAAGGAAUUUGUGAUGCGCAGCCCCUGUGCAGUGCCUUGCCCACCCCUGGGAGUCCCGCGUGUCCCCUUGUCUCACGUGCCUUUGUUUUAAGAUAAUAGUAAACCUCAGACACCAGCUGAUUUACUUUAAUUCAACAUCCAACUUCUGUUUGAUUUCUUUUCAUAUUCAAGUGAGCCAUCUGGCUUUAAUGAACUGUAACUGUUUUUAAUGCUGCCUUUAGUUGCUAACAUGUGAAUAUUUCAUGUGCUGAAAGGAGGUUUGAAAUGCAGAAGUGAGGCUGAGGAGUCCGAAGUGUUUCCAAACCAUCUCUGCUGCAGCAGCACUGGUGCUCCCCUCCUCGUGAGGUUCAUCAGAAGAUAAUCUUCAGGGUGCCAGACUGAUCCCUUUGUGAACGUCCUGGCUGCCGGCAGGAUUUAAAGUGGAAGGCAACUCAUGACCACUAAACUGUGACAGUUCUGGAUUCCCUGCUUCUGGCUGCCUGGAAUAACCACUGGGUUGCUGUGGAGAUGAAUGGAGAACAGCAGCAUGAUGCAGAUGCUGGUUCUGGUGUGGAAGACAUGGAAUUCAGUUGGGAUGAGUAUCUAGAAGACACAGGAGCAGUUGCAGCCCCUCAUGGGUCUUUCAAACAUGUGGAUACGAGUUUGCAGAAUGGUUUUGCGCCUGGCAUGAAGUUAGAGGUUGCUGUCAAGUCUGACCCGAACACCUACUGGGUGGCGACCAUCAUUACUACCUGCGGGCAGCUGCUCCUGCUGCGCUACGACGGUUACGGGGAGGAUCGCAAGGCUGACUUCUGGUGUGAUAUCAUGACAGCUGACUUGCACCCCGUCGGCUGGUGUGAGCAGAACAAGAAGGUUCUCAAAGUGCCUGAAGGUAUCAGAGACAAGAUACCUGACCAGGAGGAGUUCCUUCAGCGAGUGCUGGAAGGAGCAUGCAGUGCCCCUGCUAACCUGCUGGAGGGGCUUCACAGAGGGAAAAACCCAUUGGAUCUCAUUGCACCAGGCUCCCGGCUAGAACUGCAGAACUCCCGGGAUGCCCUGGAGGCCUGGAUUGUCAAUGUGGUGGAAAAUGUUGGUGGGAGACUCAAGUUGCGAUACGAAGGGCUGGAGGAUUCUGACACCUUUGACCAGUGGAUAUUCUACUUGGACCCUUUCCUUCAUCAAGUGGGAUGGGCAACUCAAAACGGAUAUAACCUGCAGCCACCUUUAGCCAUUAGGGCUCUGAAAAGUGAGGAGGAUUGGCAAGAAAUCGUGAAGAAGGUAGAAGAGGAGGAAGAGGAGUCAUCAGUUCCUACAGAUCUCUUUAAGGAUAAACCUGUGAUUGGAGUGCAUUCAUUCUCUGAAGGCAUGAAGUUAGAAGCUGUGGACCCAGCGGCUCCCUUUGCAAUCUCUCCUGCCACGGUUCUCAAGGUGUACAAUGAAAAAUAUUUCAUGAUAGAAAUUGAUGACUUGAGGCCAGAGCGUGCGACCAGCCAGUCUUACAUCUGCCAUGUCAACAGUGCUGGGAUUUUCCCGGCGCAGUGGAGUCUGAAGAACGGCGUUCAUCUCAGCCCCCCACCAGGUUAUCCUGGGCAGGACUUUGACUGGGCAGACUACCUCAAACAAUGUGGUGCUGAGGCAGCUCCCCAGAGCUGCUUCCCUUUGUUAACUUCUGACCAUGGAUUUAAGGAGAAUAUGAAACUUGAGGCUGUGAACCCAGUUGAUCCUGAGGAAGUCUGCAUUGCUACAGUCACCAAGUUGAAAGAUUCCUACCUCUGGCUUCAGCUGGAGGGCUCCAAGAAGCCCAUCCCUGACUGCAUAGUGAGUGUGGAAUCGAUGAAUAUAUUCCCAGUGGGCUGGUGUGAGACGAAUGGAUACCAGCUCAGACCUCCUCGCAAAGCAAUAGUAAAUAGGCAGAAAAAGAUUGCAGUAAUUCAACCAGAGAAACAGAUUUUGUCUUCAAGGGCAGUUCAUGAUGGACUGAAGAACCAGGAGCUGAACUCUGCAGAUUCAGUGGUAAUUAAUGGGAAGUAUUGCUGCCCAAAGAUCUACUUCAACCACCGGUGCUUCUCGGGGCCUUACCUGAACAAGGGCAGGAUUGCAGAGCUUCCUCAGUCCGUGGGACCUGGGAACUGUGUUCUUGUUCUGAAAGAGGUUCUCACUUUAUUGAUCAAUGCAGCGUACAAACCCAGCCGUGUCCUGCGAGAGCUGCAACUGGAUGAAGAAGCUGCGUGGCAUGGGCAUGGAGAGACCCUAAAAGCCAAGUACAAAGGGAAGAGCUACCGUGCGACUGUGGAAGUUGUGAGGACAGCAGACCGGGUGGCAGAUUUCUGCAGGAAAACAUGCAUCAAACUGGAAUGUUGUCCAAACCUCUUUGGUCCUCAGAUGGUGUUGGACAAGUGCUCAGAGAACUGCUCCGUCCUGACAAAGACUAAAUACACACACUAUUAUGGAAAGCGGAAAAACAAGCGGAUAGGUAGGCCGCCGGGUGGCCACAGUAACUUGGAAGUAGCCAUGAAGAAACCAAAUAAAAGACGGAAGAAACGAAAACAUUUUUUUGUUCAUAAGAAAAAACGUUCUUCUACUUCAGUGGAUAACACUCCAGCUGGAUCUCCCCAGGGCAGUGGAGGAGAAGAGGAAGAUGACCAGGAUGAGGUAGAUGAAGAAUCUCUGACCGAGGAUAGCGCGUCCGAGCAGCAAGAUGAAUUGCUUGAGGAAUCAGAAGUAUCAGAGAAAAAAUCACGGUCAUCCUCUCCUGCACAGAGCGAGCUGUCUCAUUCUCUGACUCAGGACCGGGACAAGAGGAAGAGGAAGCUUAGGACCUUUUCUUUUUCUGAUGAUGAAAAUAAGCCUCCUUCGCCAAAGGAAAUAAAGAUCGAAGUUGCCGAAAAGCUGCAGCUGGACAGCAACCCUCUGGAAUGGAGCGUGGCUGACGUCGUGCGGUUCCUCAAAUCCACUGACUGUGCUCCACUGGCCAGAAUUUUCCUCGACCAGGAAAUUGACGGCCAGGCGCUGCUGCUGCUGACCCUGCCGACCGUUCAGGAGUGUAUGGACUUGAAACUUGGGCCAGCUAUUAAACUUUGCCAUCACAUUGAAAGGGUUAAACUUGCUUUUUACCAGCAGUUCGCUAACUGAGAAGCAGUCAAGUUGAAGCGGACCUUCAAAGCACAACCAUGCUCCGUUCUCUCUAUCAGGAGAGCCAAAUAAAUCUGAACUGGCAACCGGGAGCAUCAGUCAACCUCCGCUUUUCACUCUGAAGAAAAGGCAACAUCUGGAGGAAAAUGCCAGUGCAGACACAGGGGCUGCUCUACCAGCUGCCAGCUCGGGAACACAAUAGUCGCUCACUCUGUGGUUCCCUUUUUUUAAUGUAUUUUUUACCAAUUACAGGAAAGUCUCUGGUGGGAAGAGACAUUUCAGUAGUUCUGUUGGCACAGAACUUUAAAAGGAGAAAUGGAUCCUGUUUACGUCCGCAUGCAGGCUGCCACAAAUAACCUUCCUGUAUUCCUGGUGGUUCUCAGAAUCUCCAUCCCCCCCAUGGACGGACACUUGCUUUACCACAGCACUGGUAUUGGAAUGUGCUCGGUGCACAUUCGUUUGUUAACGUUGAGUAUUUGGAUGCAUUUGUUCGUUGUUAGGACAGCAAUGUGACCAGAAGGUUCUGAAUGUACGGUAUAGAAGAGUGUGAUUUGUUUCUGGUUUUGAUUAGGGUUUUUUGUCUCUGUUGUUGGGUUUUCGUUUUGUCUUGUUUGUUUGUUUCUUUGUUUUUACUACCUCUGUGGCCUGAGCAGUAGAAACGAUGAACUAAAAAGGGAGGGAACUACUUCUGGACCAUCCAUAGGACUGCUCAGCAGUCUCUUCUUUAGGCAUAUCAGAAAUACAAAGCACUAUAAGUGUGUUGAGCUUCUGUUGCAGAGCUUAAACAGAAACCUGUGCAGGCCGAGCUUUGGAUGUUACCUUAUUCUGAGACAUCAGAAAGUAAUUAUUUUGCACUUCUCUUACAGAUGGGAUGUGGGGGAAAAAAGAAGAAAAAAAGAGAAAGAGCCUCUGCAUUUUCUUUUAUUUUGGCUGUCAGAUAAAAGAUGUUUUCUUUAUUUUGCCCUUUAGAAUCCUGUGAAGUUGUUUCCCUUUCCUUAAAGCACUGGGCCAUGUACACACGGCCGGUCAGCUGCUCUCUGCUUUGUUCCCUGUACAUCUUCUUGGAGAAUACGCCAAGAAAACUGUGAGCAAUGAGGACUGCAGCAUAGCUCUGCCACUGUUUGCAUACUGGAAACUAUCUUAAAGCAUGACUUUGUGUUUUUACUUAAUUACAGCUGCUCAGGAUCAGGUUUGACAGCAAUGUGUGGGUUUGGGAAGGGCUGUUUGAGCUUUUCCUAGAGAAAAAAAAAAGAUCCGAGGGGCAUCUGGUUUCAUCGGUAGACCUGCAGUAGGAUGAACUGCUGAUUUUAAUUUCAGGCACUAAACCCAACCAGCCGCUUGCUGCAGACCUGUGCUUCACACUUGAAGUAAGAGAGCUCACCUUACUUUCCAUUAACCACGUGGGAAAUUUGCCUCAGGCUUGUGAUCUGCUUCACGUAAGGGUUACGUUUCCGAUGCUUUGCAUUCAUUUAUUUUGCCUGUUCUCACCAGUAUGUGGAAGAGCUUUGUAGGCUGGAGCUUUGUGCACUCAGGGAGCACGCAGCCCUGUCCUUUCUCCUACUCGUUUACCUUUUCACAUAAGGAGCCUGGCAUACUAAGGCAGCUGAGGCAGGAAGGUGCUUACUGCAGGGAUUUCUUUGGGAAAUAACAUGUGUGCUGGUCUCUGUGUGGUUACUGCCAUCACUGGAUGAAUUUAAGCUUCUCUAAGGCCUAAAAUGGUGGGUUAUUGUGGUGCUGGGAGCUGUAGAUUCAUUGAAGAGGUCAUUUGUAAACAAAGAUCUGUAAACUAAGAGGAGCUGAGUUGGCACAGUCUGUAUCCACCUCAUACCUUAAGGGGAGUGGUGACCAGUGAAAACUGUUUGAAGUAAGCAAAACUAAAGGAUGGCUUUUCAUUUCUUUUGCUGUGAGCCCCUUAGAGUAACUACCUCAUAGAGGCAGAACUACUAAUGGAAGUGCUGAAACCAGUUGGUUUUUGUCCACACCAGAGUCAAGCUGUCAGUGUCAGACGGUUACUGGCUCAGUGUUUCUGAGUGAGCGAGGAUGAGCAGUGUGUGCUUAGAAUAGUUUUUCUUCCUAAUUAUAAGCAGAGUCUGAAAACGAAGUUAAACUGAAAGCAAAAUGUCCCUUUUUCUUGCCUGCACUAAGUAUGUGGCCAAUGAAAGGAUGCUUUGGCUCUUUGUGCGAUCGUCUUGCACCCUCACUGUAAGCUCAGCGAGAAGCAAUCAUGCCUGGAAAGCUCUUUGAAGGAAACCUUGUUGCUUUGCUGUCAGCAUCUUGUCUUGAGAAACUUGACCAGCAGAAACAACCUCUGGGCUGAACGAUGCUGCUGUCCAUCUUCGGGGAUUCCCAAAUUCUUGUGCAGUUAAAGAAGCUGGUACCCAGCAGAUUUACCUGCAUAGCCAAGAGAUGUCAGUUCCAGAACAGUGUCCUUCAGAGUAGCUGUCAGGAGAGAACUGAGCUCAGAGGGCAGCUUAGUGAGCCCGUUUACAUGGCACCCAGGGUGUAAAUACAAAAGUCAUAUUUCUGUUAUUCAGCAAAUAAAGCACUGGGUUUCAGAGGUUGGGGGGAGACUUGCCGGUCACCUUUGGCAUGUUUUCUAGACUGGAUUUCUGCCUUGUUUUGGGAGGCGCUGACAGUCUGGUCCCAAUGGGAUCUGGUUUUGUUGUCGUUUUCAAAAGGGAUGUUUUCAUUAUCUGUGAGAGGUUUUAAUGCUGCACACAGGUACUGCGCACUGUGUUUCCUGGAAGCAGAUGCACUCUUUAACUGCUGUGUUUUAGAAGGGAUAACUGGGGCUUAGCCUUGACGGGCGGUGUUUGUACGCAGCUGUUCCAAGCUUUUCCUUCUCUCUGUGUGGCAGAUGACACAACCGCACUUACAUCUGAUGUUUCAUCUUGCAGCAAUAUGACUUCAGUCCGCUCACAUCCUGCUGUCUUUCCUCAGAACUGGGUUUUUGGGUAACUCGGUGCUCGAAUCCUUGGCUUCAGGAUUAGAGCUGCGUUCUACCAGCAGGAAUUGCUGGGACUUCAGUAAUUCCAUUUGGCUUCAGAGGUCUGUGCUUCCUCCACCAUUCCCAUUCGUCACAAAACAUGACAAAGCUGAAGUCCAGGAGGGAAGCAGUGAUGUGGUGUCUUGCAAACGGCUUCAAUACAUUAAAUGAGCCCUCCGCUGGGCCUCGUGUACUGUUUAUAUGGAUGGUAAAAGGAGAUGCUGCUUGAAUGACCCACUGAUGGCUUUAACUCCUGUCUGCCUGAUUUUUGUGUGCAUUGUACAGCCUUGGUUUGCACAUUAUAGCUUUAGAAACCUGGUGGUGCCUCUACAUGGCAUUCAGACUGUGCUAAGCUGAGCCUCGCUGGGCAGCAAUGUUACACUGUUGAGUUACUGCAGUGUGCAGAAUUAACACAAGGUGCUGCAUGAAGCCCUUCUGCAAGCUGCUCUUUGGGGAAGAGGGACGGAAAAGGAAAUUCAUGUGUGUUGUGUAGAACACCAGGGAUGUUAAUGGAGCACAGAGUCGAGGGUGGUUAGGAUUCCUCUUUCCUGUCACAGCUUUCAGCAUUAUUUUGUUGUUGCUUUAAACUUUGCGAGGGUUUAUUCUUGAUUCUAAGGAUGCUUUAAAGGAGGAAGGGAGUAUUUCGCUGCUAAGUCCACAAGAGUGUCAAUGUAUUCGCAGAGGAUUGGGCCGAGCACUCUGUUCUUCUGCAUGAAACACAAAAACGUGGCAAAAGAAGAGGUGGCUUGGGAGUGUAAUGUAAUUGAAUGUAAUUGAAUGUAACUGAAUAGGCUUCGAAGCUCAGAUUGGAGACUGAACGUGUUGCUAGAGAAGAGGUUCUUAGAUGAAGUAGCCUUACCAGAAUGCCAAAAAUAUGAUGAUCCCAUAUAAAGCUACUGCUGGCCCCGUGCUGUCACUUGGUGGCAGGCUGGUCACUGCCUGCUGUGAGCUCCAAUUGCUGAACAGGAGGCGAGCACAGACAGAGGCUCUGCCAGGAGACUUCAGGUGCUGCACGAAGGCUCCACUCUAAAGGGACUGUGGCCGAAACACCUUUCCGUGUGCUGCUGAAGUUGCCCCAGCGUGCAGGUAGCCUUGUUUCAAAGGCAGCCUUAUGGGUGAAGGACUGGGAGGAGACUUGAGAACAUCUGGUACUGCAAGCCUCUCUACUGCUGUGUGUGUGUGUUUGUUUUUGUUUAGAUGAUGACAAUAAUCUGUAUGAAGUGUAGCGAAAACAACUCGUGUUCGGUGGCACUUUGUCUCCACGGUCAUUUCUAGCUUUCAGAGCUGCAUCUCUCGUCCCAGAAAUGCACCAGGCAGUAAAGAUGGACUGUUUGAUGGGAAGACCAGGUUCCCACGGGGUGCGGAGCCAGCGGUGCCUGUUUCAGCUUUAAGCCCUGGCAGUGAGCAGGUCUUGCACUGACCAAACCCGGCGGCGGGCACAGCCUGCAGGAGCCUCCAGCAUCGCACCAGUGGAGAGGAACAGCCCCGCUGCUGGGCACAAACACUCCUUGCCCCCAGGAGCUGCUGGACACCAGCUUCCAAGAAACCUCGUGGCACAAAUAGCUUUCUCAGGAGGCGCCGUGCUGCUCCAGCCGCUGUGGUUCCUUGUACCACCAUGAUGAUUCCUGUGUGAAAUACAAACUGAUCUUUGUAGACAAUCAGAGGCCUUUGGGGAGACUUUGCCCUCGGGGCUGCCUGCUCUCCACAUCUGGGCCUGUUUCUUAUACUGACUCAUUGGAACUGAUGCACUUUUCCUGUAUUUCGCCUUUUUUAAUUAGCUGCUUAUCCUUAAACAAAGAUUUAAAUGCAUUUUGUGUUGUGUCCCUUCUGCUUCUUCUUUUACCCUUCUUUAACUUUUGAAUAUAUACAUAUAUGCAGUGAGACUGAAUUACUACAUGGGAGAGAAACGUGAACAAGAGAAUAGGUGAAUGAAACUGAGCAGCUGUAACCACUGAACCGGAGGGUUUUUAAGGCAAUAUUUGGGCUGGGUAUUUUGCUCGUUCUGUCUGUAAAUAAUGUACAGCAGUUUGUGGCAUCCGAUGGCUUGAAGUGGUUGUAAGAGAAUUAAAGGAGGACACUUGAACUGUU